AUGUCUCUGCCAACUACCAUGAAUGCUGUUGUCAUAUCUGGUGAUGUCCCAGUUGUCAAACAGGUCUCAUUACCUCCACUAGAAGAUGGCCAUGUCCUAUUGAAGACCAAAGCCAUUGCUGGUAACCCAACUGACUGGAAACAUAUUGCUUUCAAAAUCGGUCCUCAGGGGUCAAUCCUAGGUUGUGAUGUUGCAGGUGAGAUUGUCAAGCUUGGCGAAAACGUUGAUUCCAAGGAGUUCCAUGUUGGUGACAGUGUCUUUGGAUUUGUCCAUGGUGCUUCUGUUAGAUUACCUACAAAUGGUGCAUUUGCUGAAUAUGUUGCCUUAGAUUCUAAAUUAGCUUACCAUUGUCCACCUAACUGUGGAUUAUCAGGCCAGGAAACUUUACCAGAAGGUCCAGUGACUAACUAUGAAGGUUGUGUUACUUUACCAGUGUCAUUGACUACUGCAGGUGUUGCAUUAACCCACAAUUUAGGUAAUAAAUUAGAAUGGGAACCAACCCAACCACAACACAAUUUCCCAAUCUUAUUAUGGGGUGGUGCCACAGCCAUUGGACAACCAUUGAUCCAAUUAGCCAAGAAAUUGCACGGUUACACUAAGAUUAUUGUCGUUGCAUCUAAGAAGCACGAAAAACAAUUGAAGGAAUAUGGUGCUGAUGAUUUAUUUGAUUAUCAUGAUGCUGAUGUGAUUGAACAAAUUAAGGCCAAAUAUCCAAACAUUCAGCAAUUAAUUGAUUGUGUCUCUAACAAGGAAACUAUUCAACAAGUUUACAAAUGUGCUUCUGAUAAAGAACCUGCCACUGUCUUGCAAUUAGUUACAUAUACUAUCAAGGAUAUCAAACCAGAAGACAGAAAGGAUAAUGUUGAGAUCACCGGCACUUUACUAUAUGUCGCUGCUGGUCAUGAUGUUCCAUUCGGAUCCUUUGUUCUUCCAAAGGAUUUAGUCUACAGACAACAUACCAGAGAUUUCAUUAAGUUCAUCAACCCUAAGUUAUUCUCUGGUGAAAUCCAUCAUAUCCCAAUCAAAGUUUACAAGGGUCUAGAAGGUGCUGUUCAAAUUACUGAUGAUAUUAAGAACAACAGAAAUUCUGGUGAAAAGUUGGUUGCUGUCUUGAACUAA